AUAAUCUGUUUACUUUGACAUGUAAGAAUUAUAUUUUCACUUCUUGAUUGAUUUUUGCAUCAAUAUAAGCAUGAGCAGUCACAAAAGGAAGAGCAAUUUGAAAGGAAGCAGCACGUUUAACCAGGAUGCCAAUGAAAUGGGCUUCAGUUCUUGUGCUGAUACAGCUGAGUUGUUCCUUUACCUUUGGGAGUUGUGGAAAGGUGCUGGUGUGGCCAACAGAAUUCAGCCAUUGGAUCAAUAUGAAGACAAUACUGGAUGAACUUGUUCACAGGGGACAUGAGGUCACUGUUCUGACAUCUUCAGCUUCUAUUCUUAUUGAUCCCAAUAAAUCUUCUGCUAUUAAAUUUGAGGUUUAUCCUAUGUCUCUUAAUAGAGAUGCUUUUGAAAGUCUUUCCAUGCAAUCGGUGAAGAAAUUGACAUAUUAUCCAACAGAUACAUUUUGGACAUAUUAUUCACGAAUUCAAGAAAUCCUUUGGGAAUAUUAUGCUUAUAUUAAGAAGUUCUGUGAAGAUGUAGUUUCAAAUAAGCAACUUAUGAGAAAACUACAAGCAACAAACUUUGAUAUUGUUCUUGCAGAUGCCGUUGGUCCCUGUGGUGAGCUGCUGGCUGAGCUUCUUAAAAUACCAUUUGUGUACAGUAUCCGGAACACGGCUGGCUAUAACUUUGAAAGAUAUAGUGGAGGACUUCUAUGCCCUCCUUCCUAUGUUCCUGUUAUUUUUUCAGAAUUAAGUGAUAAAAUGACAUUCAUGGAGAAGAUAAAAAAUAUGUUAUAUAUGCUCUAUUUUGACUUGUGGUUCCAAAUGUUUAAUGUGAAGGCUUGGAAUCAGUUUUACAGUGAAGUACUAGGAAGACCCACCACAUUAUAUGAGAUGAUGGGAAAAGCUGAAAUGUGGUUCAUUCGAACCUACUGGGAUGUUGAAUUUCCUCGCCCACUCUUACCACAUUUUGAGUUUGUUGGAGGACUCCACUGCAAACCUGCCAAACCCCUGCCUAAGGAAAUGGAAGAGUUUGUCCAGAGCUCUGGAGAAAAUGGCAUUGUCGUGUUUACUCUUGGGUCAAUGGUCAGUAACAUGACAGAAGAAAAAGCCAAUGCAGUUGCAUCAGCCCUUUCCCAGAUUCCACAAAAGGUUCUGUGGAGAUUCAAUGGCAAGAAACCAGAUACCUUAGGACCCAAUACUCGUCUCUAUAAGUGGAUCCCCCAAAAUGACCUCCUUGGUCAUCCAAAAACCAAAGCUUUUGUAACUCAUGGUGGAACCAAUGGCAUGUACGAAGCUAUCUACCAUGGGAUCCCUAUGGUGGGCAUUCCUUUGUUUUGGGAUCAAUUCGAUAACAUCGCUCACAUGAAGUUCAAGGGAGCAGCAGUGAGUCUGGACUUUGUCACAUUGACAAGCACAGAUCUACUUAAUGCUUUGAAGACAGUCAUCAAUGACCCAGUCUAUAAGGAGAAUGCCAUGAAGUUAUCAAGAAUCCACCAUGACCAGCCCAUAAAGCCCCUGGACCGAGUGGUCUUCUGGAUCGAGUUUGUUAUGCGCCACAAAGGAGCCAAGCACCUUCGCCCAGCUGCCCUCAACUUGACCUGGGCACAAUACUACUCUCUGGAUGUAAUUGGAUUCCUGCUGGCCUGUGUGGCAAUUGUCACUUUCCUUAUCAUAAAGUGUUGCUUGUUUGGCUAUCAAAAAUUUGUGAAGACAGGGAAGAAGGGAAAGAAGGAGUAGAGUUCCUUGAGACCUAAGGCUAUUAGGCAUGGUAGGUAGGCUCACUCUCUUUAAUUCAACCACUAUGGUUCAAGUUGCGAGUUAUUCUACCUUCACAGGGGAAUAAAUAUGAGUGUUGUUGUUUUUUGAUAAAUUAUUCCUCAAUAUUCAUCAAUUUUAUUCAUCAAACUUAAGAGGCAAUUGUUGCUGGGGUCGUAAAGACAGAUUAUAUUCAAGGUUUGAUUCAUGUUUUGUAAAUCCUCAAAAGAUUCUGCUUUGGUCCUGAUUUAUGUAUAAUUUCAUAACUUUUAAACAAAAUGAGACUCAUCGGAGUCUCAGACUACUGAUUUGAGAAGAUCAAAAAGCCUAAAUAUUUUACUGUGCAUUUUCACAAAUUUCUUCUUUAUAAGUCAGAUGCACUCAAGUAGAAUGCAGUUGUCCCUCAGGAAGCAUAAAACAUUUCUUCAUGGAAAUUUUCUUUAUUUCUCAUAUUUUGAUUGGUCCUAACUGACCUUCUAUGUAGAAUUACAAAACCUGAAUUAAAUCUUUGGUUAAAAGAACAGAAGAUAUUUUCUACACAAGAGUUUAAAUAUGCUGGAGUUACUGUCCUUGCUUUCUUGAACAACACUUCAUAAUUGGAUAGUAAGACACAAAAGUCUUAAAAUCCAACAAUCGCAAUUACUGAAUAGAAGGGUAAUACCUGGGAAGGGAUGUGUCUUCCUACAAUUGCCACCUUCCAGGGUUAUUCCAGUCACCUCUAUUGAUGAAACUUUCCUAUUCAGCUAGUUAGUAAAGGAGAAAUGUUUACAAUGUCCAGAUUCAAUACCACAAAGCUAAAUUUGGAGGUGAGAGGCAUUAAAUUGCAAACUGACGCAACAGAUGACAGUGUGCCAAAAUUUCUCAUUUGUUGGAAUCCCAAAGUGUUUGUACCUUUGGGCCCUGCCUUACAGUAAGAUUCAGAUGAGCAAGGGGCAUGACUUUCUUUUAAAAAUGAAGUUUAUGAAAGCAGGGUAUGUGGAGGGAAGGCAAUGAAUAGGGAGUCCUGACAAAGAUCAACAUACAGUAGGUCCACUGGGUCUGCAGCAAGACCAGUGGUCAUUUACUUGAUCCCAAAAUGUAUAAUCAGAAUAGACAUAGUUGCAGAUUGGGUUUUUGGUUGCAGUAGUAGCUGGCUUAGUCUUGGUUGGGCUCAUGUGUAGACUUCAUCUCUGCCUUGAGCCCCACUCUGCUCAUGUACCGUCAAGCAGCACUGGAGGAGUUAGUUAUUUGAUGCCUCUGUAUUGUGGGUAUUAAUUUUUACCAAUCCAAAAUAUAUGAAAAUUAUCUCAUUGGUUUAGUAGUCAAACUCCUAAUUCUUUAUAUGGUUAACCAGCUUUUCACAUCUUUUUUGUAUGUUUAUUACUCUGUGUUUAUGACUUAUACUCAUUUUCUAUUGUGAUGUUUUUCUACUGAUUCUUCUUUGAUGUAAAGAUGUUAUAAAGAGUAUAUUUGCAUAUUUGCUAUUUAUGGAAAAAAAAAGAAAAAAAAAAAAAACACUAGCAUCCUGGGUCACAUAUUCAUGGAUGACAGUGACUCAGUGUAACUGGCAAAGAAAUGAGAUCAAUGAAGGUAAGGUGAACUUUGAUAAAAAUUAAUCUGAACCCCAAGGUCAGAAAAGAUGAGCUUCUGGAACUGAGUAUAGCAAUCAUAGGGAGGUCAUGGAAGUUGCAAGAGUCAGGGUAAAAAAAAAAAAAAAAAAUGAUGCAAACACAUUGAAUCAGAUCACAUAUGUUGCAA